GGGCUGGUAAACAAUAGACUAGUUCUGGAAUUUGAACAUGUGUAUCUUGAAAAUCUACCGUGUGCUUUGAUGUACGAACGCAGUUACAUGCACAGAGAUGUCAUUACACAUGUAGCAUGUACUAAGACGGAUUUUAUCAUAACAGCCAGUCAUGAUGGCCAUGUAAAAUUUUGGAAAAAAAUAGAAGAAGGGAUUGAGUUUGUUAAACACUUUCGGAGUCACCUAGGAGUUAUCGAGAGUAUUGCUGUUAGUUCAGAGGGAGCAUUAUUUUGUUCAGUUGGAGAUGACAAAGCAAUGAAAGUGUUUGACGUAGUCAACUUUGAUAUGAUCAACAUGCUGAAACUUGGGUACUACCCUGGCCAGUGUGAGUGGGUGUAUUGCCCUGGAGAUGCCAUAUCUUCUGUUGCAACAUCUGAGAAGAGCUCAGGAAAAAUAUUCAUAUAUGAUGGACGAGGAAAUAACCAGCCACUUCAUGUUUUUGAUAAACUCCAUACAUCCUCUCUUACUCAGAUACGGUUGAACCCUGUCUACAAAGUAGUAGUGUCUUCUGACAAAUCUGGAAUGAUUGAAUACUGGACUGGUACUCCUCAUGAAUAUAAAUUUCCCAAAAACGUGAACUGGGAAUAUAAAACAGAUACUGAUCUAUAUGAGUUUGCUAAAUGCAAGGCUUACCCAUCCAGUAUAAGUUUUUCACCUGAUGGCAAGAAAAUGGCCACUCUUGGGUCUGACAGAAAAGUGAGAAUUUUCCGGUUUUUGACAGGGAAGCUUAUGAGAGUCUUUGAUGAAUCUCUGAGUAUGUUUACUGAACUUCAGCAGAUGAGACAGCAACUACCAGACAUGGAGUUUGGCCGACGUAUGGCAGUUGAGCGUGAGCUAGAGAAAGUGGAUGCAGUGAGAUUGAUUAAUAUAAUUUUUGAUGAAACUGGACACUUUGUUCUCUACGGAACAAUGUUGGGCAUUAAAGUCAUAAAUGUGGAAACUAACAGGUGUAUUCGUAUCUUGGGAAAACAAGAGAACAUCAGAGUGAUGCAACUAGCUUUGUUCCAAGGAGUAGCAAAGAAACACCGUGCCGCAAUCACUAUUGAGAUGAAGGCAUCUGAAAAUCCUGUUCUCCAGAAUAUCCAGGCAGAUCCAACAGUAAUCUGCACAGCUUUUAAAAAAAAUAGGUUUUACAUGUUUACUAAACGUGAACCAGAAGAUACAAAGAGUGCAGAUUCUGACAGAGAUGUAUUUAAUGAGAAGCCUUCCAAAGAAGAGGUCAUGGCAGCCACUCAGGCAGAAGGUCCCAAAAGAGUUUCAGACAGUGCAAUCAUCCACACAAGCAUGGGAGAUAUUCAUAUCAAGCUUUUUCCUGUUGAGUGCCCCAAGACAGUGGAAAACUUCUGUGUGCACAGCAGAAAUGGUUAUUACAAUGGACACAUAUUUCAUCGUAUCAUCAAGGGUUUCAUGAUUCAGACUGGUGACCCAACUGGUACAGGAAUGGGAGGUGAAAGUAUUUGGGGAGGAGAAUUUGAAGAUGAGUUUCAUUCAACUUUACGACAUGAUAGACCAUAUACACUCAGCAUGGCUAAUGCAGGACCAAAUACCAAUGGAUCCCAGUUUUUUAUAACAGUAGUGCCAACUCCAUGGCUAGACAACAAGCACAGUGUCUUUGGACGGGUGACUAAAGGAAUGGAAGUUGUUCAGAGAAUCUCAAAUGUAAAAGUCAAUCCCAAAACUGACAAACCUUAUGAGGAUAUCAGCAUCAUUAACAUCACUGUGAAGUAAGUGAAGAGUUGAAGAUUCCAGAUUAA